AUGAGAUUAUCAUACUCUUUGCGCACUUCAUUUGUUUUCAGGCAGAUCCAAAUCAAUGAUAUCAAAGCACGUUAUAAACAAACUUUCACGAACACGACUCAGUUUUCUGACUCCAAAUCAUCAUGUUCGACACCUAAAGUAACAUUCGACGAAGACCAAGAUUCUGGAGAAGUGAUAGAAACUUCUUAUGAGCCUUCGCCUGCAUCUAUAAACACAAUUACAAAAAGUUCGUUUGUCAGGGAAACCGAUGUACCUUGGAAUGGUGAAGAAGAGAUAGAAACAACCGUCUUACGAAUGAUUGUUGAUAAAUAUCCUCCUUUAAAGGUCAGAAGAGGAUCUGUCAAAGAAUAUAUCGAUGCACAUGGCCGUGGCCCUGUAAUUUACAACAGUUCAUUUAAUGGACCUAAUUCGAGUUCAUCUAAUUUUCAUUCACCACAUGAGUCAUUAUUCGAAUCCGGUAAUCCUACACUUUCCCCAGAGAAUUUGAACAGAUCUAAUAAAAAUGUCAGCCCUUCCACACGUAGUAGUAGGAAGCAUCCUGAGAUGGGACCAGCUAAGAAAACAAAAGAUGUAGAUGAACACAGGAGUAAGCAUCAAAAUGAGGCUUUGCCAAGAAGUAUUGCAGCUUGGAAUUCAAUUGUGGAGAGACGUAUACAAGAUGCAAUUUCGGCUGGUGAAUUUAAAAACCUUCCUUACCGUGGCAAACCUUUGCCACCUGAUCCUAACGAAAAUAACCCUUAUCUCGAUCGCACAGAGUUACUCAUGAAUCGCCUCGUUCAAAGACAGGGCGCUGCACCAGCAUGGAUAGAAUAUCAGAAGGAAGUUGAUAAAGAAAUUACUGCCUUUCGAAAUCGUAUUCUUGAGAGUUGGUCACGCUAUAGUUCUUUGAAUAAUCUAUCGCCUCAAAAACCUAAUCGUAAAUGGGAAGAAAAACAAGUUUCCUAUUGUGAAAAAAUAAUCAUUAAGCUAAACAGUAGAUUAAGAUCCUACAAUACCGUCGCUCCGUAUGCAGCCCGCAGGUGUUAUCUAAGCCUUGAAGACGAAUUUCGCAGAAUGUAUCAGAAUGUAAGGGACGAAGGCAGAGGGACGAUGGUCGACCGAACAAAAAAUGAUGGUAACGAUGAAGUAAAGAAGAAUGACGAGGUUAAAGAUGGCGAUAAUAUUUGGAUGGGGUUGGCCAAAGGCUUCAAAUGGUUAAUCGGUCAUUGA